AUGAGGGUAGCAGUAGAUACCAUCAAGAUUGGCAUGUGGAAUGUGAGGACACUGAGAGAAAGUGGAAGAAUAGAGCUGCUGCAGAAAGAGACAGAGACAUACAAGUGCGACAUACUGGCAGUACAAGAGGUGAGAUGUUUCCAACUGGUCAACAUAGCAGUUGUGCAAGUGUAUGCACCAGCCUCCGACAGCAGUGAUGCUGAUAUUGAUGAGUUCUAUGCUCAGCUUAAUGAAACGUUGGACUCCAUCCCAUGGAAGGAUGUCAAGCUUGUGCUGGGUGAUUGGGAUGCAAAGACUGGUACCGAGAGAGACAGCUAUGAGGAGGCACUUGGCAGCAAACAGGAGCUGGGCGUGACCAUCAAGUCACCCGGUCAGAUGUUUGGGUUCUUGUGCAGGUGCAUGAUGGAGGUAUGUGAGGGGCAGCAGGAGGUCCUGAGGGAUCUAAACAAGAGGCUGAAUGGCUUCCUGGAACAUGUAGCUCAGCUUCAGAAAAUCAACUUGAACCUCCAGGAGCAGAUCGCAGCCUGGAAGACGCCGCUGGAGAGAGACUGGAGCUCACAGGAGAGGACGGUGGAGGAGCUUCAGGCUCAGAUUAGCCACAUGCUAAUGGAAAACGCUGAGCUGGCCCUGCAUUCAGAUCGCUUUAGGUCCAUAGUUCACCACCUACAGAGCAGAUGUGAGUUGGAACAGAAGCUGCGUUUUCAACUCGAGCAGCUGAUCCUGGAGCUGAGACAGAAGAGGAUGAACCUGGACCAAGCCAACACACUGCUGGAGGAACAGUUACACAUGUCCACACUGGAACUACACACCAUGCAGCAAGAGAGGGAGUUGUUUGUGCAGCAGCAGCAGGCAGCAGUAGGGGAGGAUGGCAGAGGAAUGGAGCUCCGGCGUUUCGGCCCAGCGCACGGUGACCUCAGCUCAGCUGCACUCACUAAUCAAGCCCCAGGCUACAGGCCUACAGCGCACACCAGGCCCAAGACGGACACGCCCAGUCCAAACAGAGACCAACCUCCACAGGUGAGUCGUGGUGAUGAGGCCUUACGAGAGGCGAGGGCGGAGCUCACUGAAGUCCGAAAGCAGUGGCACAGUCUACAGGUGGAGGUCGAGUCUUUACAUGCCAUGGAGCGCAGUCUGCAGAGUUCUCUGAAACACACACAGCAUCAGUACUCACUGCAGCUGCAGGAUCUCUCGCGCUCGGUGUGUGAGCUGGAGGCCGAGCUGGACGGUGUGCGUGAAGGUCUCGCCGCUCAGAAACAACACCACAACCAACUGCUCAACACCAAGAUGAGGCUGGAGAGAGAGAUCACCACCUACAGGAGACUGCUGGAGCAUGAGGAGGGCAGGUUUUUGAGUGUGGAAGUUCAGCCGCAGACACUGAAGCCCUGGAAACCUUGGAGUCAGCAGAACGGAGUGUGUAAUGGAUUCGAGAAAGAAAGCUCCAUCACUGACAAGCUAGCCAAUCAGGGCCCAGCUUUCCAUCGGCAGGGCAACCUCGUCAUCUUCACCGAGCCCAUAGUGAGCAGAGACGGGGAAAUUAGUACGGUGAAGACUCAGGAGAUUGUGGAGGGGAACGUAGUGAGAGAGAGCGCAGAGGGUCACGGACGAGUCGAAACAGAGAAGAUCGAUAAAGUGAUUAAACAGUGGGAAGGUUCAUUUUUCCAAGGAAAUCCAAAGCUGAGGAAGAAAUCUGUGUCUCUGCGCUUCGACCUGCACAUGGCUGUAGCCGAUGAAGGCUGCGCUCAGAGCAAACAGGACAGUUUACCGGACGUGGAGGUUCGGCUGGUGAUGAAACGAUCCCGCAGCAUCCCCUCCAUAACACAGUGACCUUGUACAGAAAGCCAGCAGGAUCGUGCAGAAUGGCGCUAGCACGUGAAAUUCUUUUUUGGAGAACAUGCUACAUUUAUCUUAUAUGUAAUAAUUUCAUGCGUGGUUUUUAUUUACAUUUUUUUUUUUUGCCAAAACUUAGCAUCCUCUAUUAGCAAGGAUUUAAAGUUACACAUUGCUAA